UCGUGGCGUUUUAUUUGCAUGUCUGUGGCGAAAGCUUUUUUAGGCAACGAAUGAGAUGCGGCGUUGUCGCUUGAGGUAGCGUAAGGUUGCUGUAGGCCACGCAAUGCUUUCUGCUUGGGCUUCACUGCAGCAAAGAGGAGUUCGUUCCAGUAUGUCAGUGUCGGGGGAUAUGAACAUGAACCUGGCCCGUACUACACUCAACAAUACAUCCUGGAAUUCAUCAUGGGUGCUGCUGCCAAUUUUGAAGGAAAUAACUUGAACGCCAUUGAGCCGUAUAACAUGCAUGUGUCUUCGCGAUAUCUAGAGUUGACGCGGAAGAAGCUCGAGCUCACACGACUGCCACGUGAGCUAUUACUUUCCAAAGAACGACAAUGGAAAUAUGGAACACCAAAAAACGUGCUGGAGCCCUUGGUGGACUUUUGGCUCGAGCAUUACGAGUGGCGCAGACAAGAGACGCACUACAACGUCCAACUCCCACAAUUCCGUGCCGCUGUCACGCCCAUGACGUCCUUGCACCCACCUCUCCGCCUGCACUUCGUUCACAAGCGGUGCUCACUGUCGCCAGACGCUCCCGGUGCACUUGUCAUACCGCUGCUCUUUUGCCACGAUUAUCCGUCCUCGUUCCUCGACGUUGGCAAUAUUUUGACCGCUUUGACGUGUCCAGUAGAGAACGGCGGGCUGCCUGGGACCGGUGCUGCCAUCGGUUUUCAUGUCGUUGCGCCAAGCAUCCCUGGGAUGGGGUUCAGUGAUGCGAGCCCCGAGGAGGGGUUUGGACUGAGGGAGACGGCGGACCUGUUCGAUGCAUUGAUGGAAAAGCUGGGAUAUAAGGAGUAUGUGGCUUACGGAUCUGGAUGGGGUUUCCAAAUCUGCCGUAUGCUCGCCUUGCACCACUCCGCCAACUGCAAGGCCGUCCAUACCGUCAACUCCUCAGUACCGCCACCCUCGUUCAUGUACACACCGCUAGCCUACCUAAAAUACCACAUCGCACGCCUAACGCACGCUCGAAUCCCAGGCCUCAGGUUCGGAUACCGACGCUUAGACUUCUGUCCUUCAUCCACGCCGUCCCCACGAGCGACGGUGAUCCAGCGUCCCCAAACGCAAUCCUACGCGCUCUGCGACUCGCCAGUCGGGCUCCUAGCCACGAUCCUCGACGCCCUGCAGCCCUCGUUUGCGGCCUCUGCGCCUGCUCUUCCCCGCUCCGCCGCCGCUCCGGCCACGGAAUCCGGCUCUACGACGCCGACGCCCUCGCGUCCUUGCUCUGCUGCCCUGCCCGCUGCGCCUCUGUGGAAGCCGACUACGCUGCUCGACUGGACGAUGAUGCAGUGGUUGCCGGGGCCGGAGGCGGGGCUGCGCUGGCUGCAGCACGCGCGGGCGGAGAGGGCGCUGUACAAGGGUGUUUGUGGGGUGCCGCUGGGGAUCAGCGUGUUUGGGGAUGGGGACCGGGGGAGGAUGGCUGGGUGGGCGGGGGCGUGGUGGAAGGUGGGGUGGGUGGGAAGGAGGGAUGAGGGGGUGCAGAGGGUUGAGUGGGAAGCGCCGGAGCUGUUGGUGCUGGAUCUGAGGGAGGCGUUUGCAGAGAUGGUCGGUGCCCGUAGUUAGCUGCCUGAGUGUUUUCUAGCUGGGUGUUUGGUUUCUUUUUUUUGGUGCGAUACCGGGUAAUGGUUUUUUCUU